AUGAAGUUGUUUACUUAUCUUCUCGUCGCGGCGGCCUUGCCGUUGACCGUGGUCAAUGCUGGUCAUAUCAGCACCUUGCGUGGUGCGGAAGCUGCUGAGGAGCCGCAAGUUAGCAGUACCAUUGACUUCUUGAGACGCCUCAAGACGAUCCAUGAAGCGGAAGAACCUCGAAAGCAGCUUGAGUUCAAGGACGACGUGAACGAAAGAAGGCUGUCCAAGAAAUCCUUCAACGGCAAGACCCCUACAACUACUGAUAACUGUCGUUGGCUCAAGAGGCGAAAACCAGGAUGCGAAAAGAAACCGGCUGGUGUAUGUGCUUCCUGGUCUGGAGAUCCUCAUUUCAAGACGUUCGAUAGCCUCAAGUAUGACUGUCAAGGUGAAGGUGUCUUUGAUAUUGUCAAGUCCGUCAAGGAUUAUGAUUCAAUGGAUGCUACCGGAUUCAGCCUGCAAGGACAAUUCGUCAAGUACGUCGCGUCUCGAAAGCCGACAGUCACAAAAUCUGUUGCUUUGAACACUGGUGACGGAGAACCAACCAUCCAGAUGACUGUCCCCGAUCAACCAGCUCCGGGUGAUAGCAACGGGUGCGGUCCUGACUUGUACAUUGGUGGCAAGCUGAUUGGUACCUGGAAUGAACUCCCGAAGCUCCAGAAUAUUGAUGGAAUGAAAGUCAAGACAACAAAGUCGAAGAAGGAGAAGGGCUAUGUCAUCAAGUAUCUGAAGUCGGAAGUAACGUUGACAGUGAGCGCCAAGAAAUCCAACCAAAAUGGAUGUGUCAUGCGUGCUGAGAUCUGCCUCCCCGAUUGCUACGAUCGUAUCCUUCGCGGCGAGAAGUUUGUUGGGUUGCUGGGUACACCCAACAAAGACAAGAGUGACGAUUGGAGAACCAAGGAUGGUGGCAUUGCAGAAGUGAGCGCGAAGAACUACAAGGCUGAACUCGAUUGGUGUACAAAGAACUGGUGUGUUCCCAAGAAGAGCGAAAACUUGCUCGUUUUUGAUGGUGAGGACUCAUUUGAUUCGAUUCAAGAAGACUGCACUGAUCAGGAGAUGGACCAGGAUAUCGCAGACUGCAUCGCAGAACCUGGAGACGACCUGGUACAAAUUUGCGGCAGCGGCAACGUACCAUGCAUUGUCGAUGGCUGCGUUGGUGGAGCCAAAUCCGCCAAACUUUCCGUGGAAGCUUCUCUGAACCAGGUUGACAAGGAUUGCGGUAAAGAGGUUUACAGCCAGAACUUUGACGAGCCCCUUUCAGAUGAAACUUUGAAGGUGCUAGAAAAGGCAAAGGGAGAACUCGACGACCCUGAAGCUGUCAAAGUCACCAAGUUCCUCGAGUUGUCGUCAGCGUCGCCGCAGUUUGACUUCGAAUUUGACGCGGAUGAAGACGCCGCCGUUGUCACUGUCGAGUUCCAGUUCUUCGAGAUCGGAAGUUGGGAUGCAAUUGGUAGCGACAAAGAUUUCGUGUAUGUGAGUGUCGGAGGAACCGAAAUUGACCUGUUGUCAUUGCAGGGCGGAAGCGACGAAACAGACACGGAUGGCGUGACUGCAGGUAUUUACUGGUCUCGUAGAAUGAUCACAAAGACUGGAGACUUGGGUUUCGGUGGCACCCAGGAUCAAAUGCACAAGAUAUUGGUCAAGAUUCCACCGGCAUUCUUUAAGUCCGGAGCAGUAGAGUUCUCGAUUUAUGUAAAGGUGUCUGAAGACGACGAAAAGGGCGGCAUUGACGAGAUUCGUGUCACUGAAUUCUUUGAUAACUGCGGGAUUGACUGCGAGGGCGCAACAGUCGUUGCCGAGGACUUUGAACAGGAUGACGAGACAGGUUGGGGUGGUGUUCAACCAUCAACACUAGCCAGCUUCGGAGGCAUCUCAGUUCUGGGGCCCAUCGAGGGCGAUGCCGUUGCGUCGAAGACAUUUGAUGUAUCCGAGUAUGCAGAUAGUGCGGAGAUUCAGUUCUCGCUUUACGUGACGGACACUUCGGCGUGGGAAGCCGACGAGGCGGCUAGGUUUGAUGUCACAAUCGACGAGGCUAAAUUUGACUUGGGCUACAUCGAAACCACCGAUAUGGGUGAGGUGUCAGGCUCCGCUGGCUGCGAGGUCAAUAUUGAAGAUGAUUGCAUCCUUUGGAGUCGAAAGGCAAAGACAGUUGGCAAAGGCGCAGUUUUCACCGUCAUCAUCAAGGUUUCAGACGAGUUUAUUGACGAUGGACAGUUGGAAGUCAGCUUUGGUGUCACCGGCGAUGCUGGGGCCAGCAUUGAUGACUUCAACAUGAAGGUGUAUCCAGCGAAGGAGAAGUGCGAACCUGUCAAAGAAGAUGCUAAGAUUAUUGCGGAUGAAAAGGACGUCAAGAAGUGCGAGUCCAAGAAGAAGCAGAAGUAUGCUUGGAAGAGCAAAAAGAAGAUGGAGUGGGUCGUCGAUAAUUUCCCCUACACAAAAGAGACCCUAAAAGACAUCAAGCAGAAUUCAGACGGUGUUACUCAAUGGAUGAGUGAUCCCAAGGAGCCAUCAUGUUGGGAAAUGGUUGAAAUAUGCACGGGACCUCCCACUCCUUCACCCCCUACCAGCCCUCCAGGUGUGCCUACACCAAAACCUACAAAUCCCCCCACACGAAGACCUUCAACUCCAUCCCCUACAGCAGUCCCCACAUAUGACACACCCACUCCCAGCGGAAUUGCCACCGGUGACCCGCACAUCAAACGUUGGAAUGGUGAAGGCUACGACUUCCAUGGCGAGUGUGAGCUUGUGAUGCUUUCGAAUCCAAAGUUCAACAAUGGACAAGGCCUCUCGAUCCAUCUUCGCACAAAGAUUGUGCGCUGGUAA